AUGGAACAACAGGCGCAAAAUGAAUAUGUGACGCUCGCAGACGGGAGGCGAGUAGCCGUUCCCCUGCAGGAUUCACAGCAGAACCUGGACGAAAAUGACGAGGUGCGAAUCGAACGCCUACAUAACGUCUGGGGAAGCAGUUCAGGAGCACGCAGUGAUUUUCUGGGUAAAUACUGUAAGCUCCGCCACAAUGAGAACGAGCGGCUUCAAAAACAAGAAGAGCAAUGGGAGCAACAAACGCAAAAUAAUGUCUUCCAAGCAAUAAGGCUGACGAGGAUGCAAAAGGAAUCUGCCAAAACGGCCAAGAGGCGGGAAAAGCGGAACAAAAAGAAGGUUAACAAACUGAUGCACACGGAUCAACAAACAAAGAAGCAACACGCCGGAGUGCAACCUCAGCCUGGGCAGAAGCAGGCCAGUGCAGGCGCGGAUAAUGCCAGCGGCAAUGUAGAAUAUCAAAGCCGGAGUGGCUUACACGGGGGCAUAGGCCCGGUGGGAGCAACGACACACACACAUGAAGGCAAGACACCUGAGGACGUCAAACGCAUAGUCAUAGAAGAAGACACACUCGCUUAA